AUGGAUCUCAGGUUCACAUGCCUCUCCGAUGAAUUUAGCGAUGACGAGUCACUUUCUAAGACUGGCAAUGACGGCCUGGCGGGAGGCAUGUAUGGGGGAACGCCAUACGGCGUGGCUGCCUCUGUGCUGUCUCUUAGUGUGAAUCUCUUUGCAACCGUCAUAGUGGCUUAUAAGGCAUGGAAAUCGAGAAGGUUCCUUCGGAAGUUCAUGGUAUCGGGCGACAGGACUGUACAGAUGGAGAGGCUAUUCUCGAUGCUGGUCGAAUCCGGGAUGGCUUAUUGCACUCUCUGGAUAUUCGUGGUUGCUUGGCAGAUAGUCGUGUACCAGUCAUCGAUUUCUGAUGAUGAUCAUGCCCCUGCGUUUCAAGCGCGAUUUGGUGACUUCAUCAGCGGAGGACUUGUGCCUCUUAUUGCCAUCUACCCGGCCAUCGUGAUCAUACUCGUCGCACAAAACAGGUCGCAUAUAGAGAAAGCCUUUGGCGGGGGCGCGGUCAAUACCCCCGAACCAUCGCAUUGGGACGGCAUCCGGACCCCAAGCGCGACUGUGCUCCAUAUAGCACGGCAAGGGGGUGAAGUCGGAGAGGAAUCAGAAGAGUCCAGCACGCACACUGCUGACGAGCGGAAGCUGGAAUCUGGCGGAAUUGCGUAG